AUGUUGCCUAUAGCAUACGCAGUUGUGGAGGUUGAAAAUAAGGACACAUGGUCUUGGUUCUUAGACCUUUUAAUUGAUGAUCUUGGUGGAGUUAAAUGUUGUGCCUCAUGCACCUUUGUAUCAGACCAGCAAAAGGGUCUGCUGCCAGCUCUAAAUGAGCUCAUUCCUGGAGUUGACCAAAUGUUCUGUAUGCGCCACUUGUACGAGAACUUCAGGAAGAAAUUUCCAGGGAAGAUUCUGAAAUGUUUAAUGUGGAGGGCUGCUUACUGCACACAUCCACAAGCAUGGGAAAAGGUUAUGUUGGAGAUCAAAGAAGUUAAUGAGGAUGCAUUCAAACAUUUAAUAGUUAUUCCUCCAAGGUAUUGGUCAAGAUCAAGGUUCAAUACCACUGUGAAAUGUGACACACUAGUGAACAACAUGUCAGAGGCCUUCAAUAGCGUGCUAGUGGAUGCUAGGAGUAAGCCAAUAGUUACCAUGCUUGAAGAAAUAAGGUUGUACAUGAUGAAUAGAUGGGCAAGUAAUAGAUUGAAAGUAAGUUCUUUUCAAAGUUCAAUAUGCCCUAAAAUUCGAGAUAGACUGGACAAGGAGAUGCAGUUAACAAAAUAUUGGGUUCCAAGUUGGUCAGCGGACAAGAUUUUUGAGGUCAGACAUGUUUCUACUUUGGGUGACAAGUUUGUUGUUAAUGUGGACAACAUGGAAUGCAGUUGCAGAAAAUGGAGUAUUACUGGCAUUCUGUGUUGCCACUCGCUAACUGCAAUGAGCUUAUUGAAUCUGAAUGCAGAACAAUAUAUAGCACACUGCUUACCUGGAAGACCAAAAAAGAAAAGGAGACUUCUAGCUUCUGAGCUCAAUAAAGAUGAAACCCAGGUUAGAAGAGCAGGGGAAAGGAAGAAGUGUGCCAUCUGUAAACAAGUAGGACACAAUAGAAGCACAUGCCCACAUGCUCCACCAUCUCCAGAACCAUCACCUAAUACAACCCAACUGUCAAGUUCUAAUGUAGGUGAUAAUCUGCCACCAAGUGUCAAUUUGACUCAAGCUUCAACUUCAAAUCAACCAAUUCCAGCAUCUGCAACAACCAUUCCAGCACCUGCAACAACAAUUCCAGCACCUGCAACAACCAUUCCAGCACCUGCAACAGCCAUACCACCACUUCCAACACAUCCCACUGCAACAGUAAAUGCACCACAACGUCCCCCAUCACGUGGCAGACCCAACAUGAGGCAGAAACUUCCAUAUAGGAGGGGGCAAGUUUGGAAACCGUGA